AUGCGCAUCUUACUUCCGGUCUUUCCCAUCCGUCUCCUUUUGAGGCGCCUCAAAAGGCAGGCAUCUCGCCAAGGAACGGAUUGCCCGCACAAGAACAAGCACGCACUUGCUGCAGCUCAUGCGCAUGAUAAGAGUCGACCCAACCAGCCGUCCAACCCACCGCGCUGCUUCACCUGCGGGCAGGAAGGGCAUCGCUCCACCGAGUGCCCGGAGAGGCAGAGGCAGAGGCAGCAUCACUCGCAGGUGGUGUGCUUCGGGUGCAAGCAGCCGGGGCAUCUGCACAAGCACUGCCCAAACCGCCCCGCCAUGCUGUCUCCCAAGCCUGGCGUGGGCCCGACUGGAUCUGGGGUGAUCUCUGAUUCGGCUGCUGGUGGGAUGAUUCCUGGUGCUGCUGCUGGGAUAGCAGAGGCGGCGGCGAGUGGUGUCAAGUGCUUCGGGUGCAAUGCAUCUGGACAUGUGCUCAAGGACUGCCUGCAGAUUGCUGGUGGGGGAGCAGGUGGGGAGCAGCAUGAGAAGCAGCGCAGGUGGGACAAGCGCCACUCGUCUCCCCCCUCCCGGCAGCACUCGCCUAGUUUAAUGGGUGGGGCCGGAAUGGCAGGGAGCGUAGAUGGUGUGGGAGGAGUGGUGAGUGGUGGAGGGAUGGGAGGAGGAAUGGGGGGAGGGAUGGGGGGAGGGAUGGGGGGAAGGGUGGGGGGAGGGAUGGAUGGAGCAAUGGAUGGAGGGAUGGGCGGAGUGGUGGGUGGAGAGAUGGGGGGAGGGACGGGGGGAGGAACAACGGGAGGAAUGGUGGGAGGAAUUGCGGGAGGAGUGGGAGGGGCGGGAGCAGGGGGUGUGGUGUAUGUGGCGAUUCCAGCGGCAGCAGCAGCGGCUGCAGCAGCGAGGGGCGAGCAGCUGAUUCUAGUGAGUGCCAGUGAUGGCCGGCUGGUGGGGCAGGAUGGGGUGACGCUGCCGCAGGGGGGAGUUCAGCAGGGGGGUGGGCAAGGGGGAGUGCAGGGAUUGCAGCAGGGGAGGAUUCAGCAGGGGGGGAUGCAGCAGGGGGGGAUGCAGCAGGGGGGGAUGCAGCAGGGGGGGAUGCAGCAGGGGGGGAUGCAGCAGGGGGGGAUGCGGGGGAUACAGCAGGGAGGGGUGCAAGGAGGGGGAUUGCAUAAGGGGGGUCAGCAGGGGAUGCAGCAGGGUAUGCAGCAGCAAGGGGGGAUGACACUGCAAGGAGAGUCAGGGGGGCAGCAAAUAUUUGUUGUGGGGCAGGAUGGGAUGUUGACUCAGCAAGUUGUAAGACUUUCUGGGCAGCCUGUGGGGCAGCCGCAGCCACCACCACAGCAGCAGCAGCAGCAGGGGAAAAUUUCAGGUGAAACCUCAGGUGUUUUGCAGCAGUAUGAGCCUGUUCAGGUGUACAGUGGAGUGGGAGGGUCCUAUGGCGCCCCUGCUGCUGCUGGGGGCAGUGUGGAGGGAGUUCGAUCACAAGGCUCCUAUGGCACUACUGCAAACCCUGGACCUGGGGGGUAUGGUGUGAAUGCUCCCUACAGUGGUGGUGCUUCUACUGGUGGUGGUUCAUCCGUCUCUACUCCCCCUUGGCUUGCCGCUGCUCCUGUUUCUACUCCAAAUGCUCCUCCCCUCCCCCGUGGACCACCUCCCACUUACGACACAAGGGUCGACGCAAGGGGUGCGUCCGCAGAAGUAGGGUUACCAGGCCAGCCGUACGCUGGUAGCCGUAACAUGGAGCCGUUCGUCAACACCAAUGAGCAGCUCACGGGCAGCACUAGCGGACCCAGUGGACUCAUGGGGCCUGGUGGUCUAUCUUACUAUGUUGAUAACACUACCACCACCACGAUGCAACCUGGCCAGGGUUACCCUGCAAGAGGACCAGAGCCAGUGUCUGGCGGGUAUACUGGUGGCAUGGGGAGCGGUAACACAGGGAGCGGUGGUUUUGGGAAUGGUUAUGGUGGUAAUGCGGGUGGUCCUGUGCCUAUGGCGGCCGGGCAGACGGAAUUAUUGGUCGGGCGGAGGGAAGUAUGGCUCGGGCAGAAGGCGGGCCAGGAGGAAACGCAGGCUGGGCAGAAGGAAAUAGAGGAGACGGCAUAUUGGGAAAGCCCCAGGGAGUGA